AUGUCAUCAUCCGAAUGGCUAUCCGAGCGCGUCUUGCCUGACGGCUCCGUUGAACCAGUGGGGCUCGGUGUCCAGUGUAACUUCAACGGUGAGCUCAUUUGCAGGCCGAAAUGCAUCGCCUCCCCUAUACGACGCGAAAGGGCAGUGGAGGCAGCAAUCACAGCAAGAAAAUCAUGUCGCGCACUGACCAACAAGAUUCACGCUUCAUUACCCCUGGAGCUCCGCAACACGGUAUAUGCGUAUAUCGUCGGGCCGAACGCUCAACCCUGUGAGCUGACGGGCAAGCGUCAUGUAUACGGCAGCAAAGUACGCAUCGGAAAAUAUAACUCAGAGGACUGGUCGAAAUGGGACGAAAAACUACAUGUGCAGCCCAAAUCCUGGGCCAUGGACCCGGCAUACUUUGGAGUGCAGGUCGCGCAAGAACUCGCCGAAGCUUACUAUUCAACGAACACUUUCUACAUCACGUCGGAUGAGGAGAUGAUCAAGCUGUUCAAAGCCGACCCUUUCCAGAUGGGUACAAAGCCAUAUGAGUUAAUCCGCAAGUUCACGCUUGCACUUAACUUCUACGAGACGAACCUAGAGAGCGGAGAUGAACUAAUGGCUAUGUACAAUAACCUCCAGUCGCUCCAGCUAUUACCUACAAAGCGAAACCACGAGAUCUGCAUUCGUCUUGAAACAUCUUUCCACGCGUGGGGAAACAAGCCAUAUCCUUAUUCAAUGGAGGACAGGCGAGUCAUGCUCAACAUCCUCGAGGUGCUACGACAACCCGUGUACGACCUCAUACAUAGAGGCAAAGCGAUUCGAAUCUUCCAAGCAAAUCUCGACCACAUGAAGGACCCGAGUUGGAGGCAGGUCAGUGAUGUCUCUGUAAGAUACCUGAUCAAUCCCAAGAGAGGACGGGGAAGGUGGUGGCCUAGGGGUCAACUAUUCGGUAUGACGGAGGAGGAGUGGCGCAAGGAGAAAGAAGAAGCCAGUAACGCAGAUCCAACACAGCAUUUCAUCUUUCGUCCGCGUGCUGCGGAGGACGAGCAAGAAGUAGACAACGCAGACAACGCAGACGACGUAGACGACGACGAAAAUGACGACUUUAUCGAAGAAGCCCUCAUGCCAUACUUUCUCGGUUACGAAUUCAAGCGACACCCCACACUCGACGACGAAACCACGGUCAAAGUGCGCGAAGCCUUCAGAACGCGGUGGAACGACCAAGAUGCUCUGACCGGAUUUGUUUACAGCAUGGACCAUAAGCACAACAGAGACUUUGAAGGGCCGUAUGGAUGGGAGAACAGAUUCUGUAAUCGACGACGAGCCCCCUAG